AUCUAUUGGAAGCUUUUAAAGCCAACCUCAAUACGAUUCUAUAUGAUACCACUCCAUCAAAGCCUGAAUUUCUUGUGCAGCCAGAGCCCUUCCUGAUUUCUUCUCUUAGAUUCUGUAGUCUAAACCUCUUUCCAUCCUACCAUGGCGGCAGCGGGUUUUUCAUGUUCUGCUGCUGAUCUCAAUCCUUUAUUGGGUGCUAAUUCAUCAGCUGCGGCCGAAUACAUUUGCAGCGGAUUUGAUGCAGUCUCAAGCAAGUUUGUUGACACAGGAUAUGCCAUUGACAACACAUACCUUCUCUUCUCUGCAUAUCUUGUGUUUUCCAUGCAGCUUGGUUUUGCUAUGCUGUGCGCUGGUUCUGUACGUGCUAAGAACACCAUGAACAUCAUGCUGACUAAUGUUCUUGAUGCUGCCACUGGUGGCGUUUUCUAUUAUCUCUUUGGCUUUGCCUUUGCCUUUGGUGCUCCAUCAAAUGGAUUCAUAGGCAAACACUUCUUUGCCCUGCAUGAAUACCCUACGGCGUCUUUUGACUACGGGUAUUUCCUUUAUCAAUGGGCUUUUGCCAUUGCAGCCGCUGGAAUCACCAGUGGUUCAAUUGCAGAACGAACCCAAUUCGCUUCUUAUUUGAUCUAUUCAUCUUUCUUGACUGGUUUUGUCUAUCCAAUUGUUUCUCAUUGGUUCUGGUCUGCUGAUGGUUGGGCAAGCCCUGCUGCGUCUGAUCUGUUGUUUGGAUCUGGGGUUAUUGAUUUUGCUGGCUCUGGUGUGGUUCACAUGGUUGGAGGCAUUGCUGGUUUUUGGGGUGCAUUCAUUGAAGGUCCACGAAUGGGCCGGUUUGAUCAUGCUGGCCGUGCCGUGUCAAUGCGUGGACAUAGCGGGACAUUGGUUGUGUUAGGCACAUUUAUGCUAUGGUUUGGCUGGUAUGGUUUCAAUCCUGGUUCAUUCCUAAACAUCUUGAAGGCCUAUGGAGAGAGUGGUUCUUAUUAUGGACAAUGGAGUGCUAUUGGGAGAACCGCAGUUACAACCACACUUGCUGGUUCUACAGCUGCACUGACCACAUUGUUUGGGAAACGCUUGCUUUCUGGCCAUUGGAAUCUAACUGAUGUUUGUAAUGGUUUGCUUGGUGGGUUUGCAGCAAUUACCUCAGGCUGCUCUGUUGUUGAACCUUGGGCAGCAAUCAUAUGUGGGUUCGUAGCCGCUUGGGUUCUCAUCGGAUUCAACAAGCUUGCUGAGAAACUCAAGUUUGAUGAUCCAUUGGAAGCAGCACAACUUCAUGGAGGGUGUGGUGCAUGGGGGAUAAUCUCUACUGGCUUGUUUGCAAGGAAAGCAUAUGUCAAUGAGGUUUAUCCGGGGCAACCGGAUAGGCCUUAUGGGCUGUUUAUGGGAGGUGGUGGAAAGCUCUUGGCAGCACAAAUUAUCCAGAUUUUGGUGAUUGUAGGGUGGGUGAGUGCUACCAUGGGGACCUUGUUCUGGUUGCUGCACAAAUUGAAGCUUUUGAGGAUUUCACAAGAAGAGGAGAUGGCAGGAUUGGAUUUGACAAGCCACGGUGGAGUGGCUUAUGAAUACAAUGGAUAUGCUGCUGAAGUUGUGGAUCAGAAGAACAGAUUCGAGAUGAAAAGUCCCGUCGCUUUUUAAUCUUAAUUUAUGGUUUGCAUUCUCUUAAUCGUUAGAAUUGAUCUGCAAAGCAUGUACAGAUUUAUUAUUGUGAGAGCGGACAAUGUAAUUUUAGUGCCUGGUUUCUUUUAGAUUUCAAUUAAAAUGUUGAUGUGUGCUGAACCUGUCAAUCUUUCUUUGACAAUGCAAAAUUUCAAAUCAAGAUGGUAACAAGU